CGAAUAUGUUUAAUCCAAAAAUUAAACGACAGUAGUCAAGAUGCUGCCGCAAAAGUUAAUUGUAAUUUGCACGAGAAAUUUUGCCAACCAUACAUGCAAUGGGAAAUUACAAAGUCCGUUAAUGAAAACUGUUUUGAGUGGAUACAACAGUUAUUUUCCUAAAAUAAUUGACCAAAGUUUGGAAAAGGUUUCCUUUGUUUAUACACCAGCUAUGAGAGAAAGGAUAAAAAAGUGUUCGGAAUAUUACACUAUUGGUAGGAACCCAGUGCAGGGCGAGUUUAUGGUGUUAGCUUACGAAGCAUUAAACAAGGACUCGAUGAUUGAUGACGAGAUGAUCCACAAAUUACAAGUAAUUGUUACUACAGUUGAAAUGGUACAAACAUAUUUUUUCUUCUGGGACGAUUUGGAAGAUAAAAGCAUGACUCGUCUGGGCAAGCCGUGUUGGCAUUUGUUGGAGGAUACGGGUCUUUUUGCUUUCACUGACGCCUGCAUUAUGAGGAGUUUCAUCAAUGAUAUAAUACGACAAAACUUUCAUGGUGAAAUGUGCGCAAACAUUUUAAGUGUCUAUGAUAAGGUUUAUUUCACGUCUUCUGUCGGUCAGUAUAUGGAAGCAGCGAUUUCGAGAUCUAGAAAUUAUAAUAACUAUACAAUGGAGUCGUACACAAAGAUUGGUAACUUGAGAUCUUCUUUCUACUCUGUUAAAUCGCCGCUCUUGUUAGGGCUAGCUCUAAACAACAAGCUGAACAAAGAGUCUUAUGACGUCGUCGAUGAUGUGGGUUUGGACAUCGGCGUGUUAGUCCAAUGCCAUAACGAUUUGAUAGACUACUUCAGCGAAAAGGGUACGUUAAACAUAGGCAAAAGCGGUACGGACAUACAAGAGGGCAAGUUUUCGUGGGUAGCAACAACCUUUUUGGAGAACUGCAACUCUGAGCAAAAACGCAUCUUCGCAGAGAACUAUGGCAGCGCUGAUCCUGAUAAAGUAAAACGAAUUAUUGAACUUUACGAAGAGGUGAAUGUAGCACAACAUUACCAACUAGAACAACAGAAACGUUUUGAUAUAUUCAAUGAAAAAGUAUCCAAAUUGCCCAAGAACGCAACUCCUUCUGCGGAAUUCUUCAAGAGUUUUCAAAAUUUACUUCAUUAUUAUUCACAAGAUACUACAAAUCUGAUGUACGAUAAGCAUUAAAAUAAAUUACUGUAAACUUAA